GAACUUGGUUGCAUUUUCUCCUAGAGAUCCACAACCAAUGCAACUUUCACAGAUUAUCAAACUGGCUGGAGUGACUUACAAUCUGUAUACGAAAAGCACACCUUACUUUGGUCAGGAUGCAAUAUGGGAAUCACUAUGUGAUCUACACAACUCAAAAGACUUGUUAACUUUUUCAAGUUCCAGAGAGGAUAUUGCAAGUAAUCCUUGCAUUCCUAGAGGGUAUGACUUUGCAUCAAAUGCAAGUGAUGCAAAACUUUUGAGAUCUUAUGCAGUGGGAAACUUUUCUGCAUGCAAAUCUGAAGUGAUGUCAUUGUUGAGGAGACGAGAUAUAUGCUUGCAUCCACCUUGUGAAAGAGUAUCAUCUUCCCUCGUUGAGUUGCAAAGCCGGCUUGGUCCUCCAGAUAAAUUCUUCUUUAUUUCUGAGUUUUUUGGCCUUGCUCCGAUGGCUACUUUAUCAGAGUUGGAGGCAGCUGGCCAUCAUUACUGUGAAGAUGAUUGGUAUCAACUGAAGAGAAAAUAUCAUAGCACUGAUGACCUGGAUUUGUUGAGAUAUUGUUUUUCUUCUGCAUAUGUUGUGGCAUUGUUGCAUGACAGUUUUGGUAUCCCAAUGACUGAUAAGAGGAUUAGAUUUGGCAAUCAGGUUGGAGUCAUUCCCGUUGACUGGACUCUUGGAGCUUUUAUCCUCCAAACUAUCCGGGAGCCCCUUCAAUUGGAACCGAAUGAGCUGGGCGAGAUUGUUGGAAAUGACGCAGUCGCUUAUUUCUCAUUGUUUGCAGUACUUUUAAUAAUUGUCCUAGGUGCAUUAUUUUUAUUAAAAUGUCAAAAACCACAAUUGAAGACAAUAUAUGACUUGGAAAAGGGGCACUAUAUUGUCACCCGUAUGCCCGGGUAAUUGUCUUUAAUUUCUUCAUCAUCUAUAAAAAAGAAAAACGAAAAAAAAAGUGUUUUAAUAAACUUGGCUGAUUUAGAUUU